AAAGAUAGCGAGGUGAUUGUUGCCUAUAAGUGCUUGGUUUGAGCAGCUUUCAUGUCACCGUCAUACGCAUCAGUGUUUGAUAAAUGCAAAAGAAAGAGGCCGAUGGCUUCACGGUCAUCCUAUACAAGAGACGAUGGUUUUCGCUGCUGAUAUUUUGUCUGUGUUCAUUUGGAAAUGCUUAUCAGUGGAUUCAUUUGAAUAUAAUAUCUGAUAUAGUUUUGUUUUUUUGGGAUGCUUCCAUUCCAGGGUCAUCUGUAGAUACCAAGACAAUAUCUGUAGAUUGGUUGUCAAUGAUUUAUAUGCUCACUUAUAUUCCAUUGAUAUUUCCUUCUAAUUGGAUACUGAAUAGAUGGGGCCUGCGUGUAACUCUGCUAGUUGCUUCAGCUUUGAAUGCAGUCGGUGGUUGUAUUAAAUGUAUAGCGGGUGCAGUUACGUAUGAAACAACGUUUGGACAAACUAAUAAAUCUAUUCCAUUCAGUAAUAAACUUGGUUUUCCAAUACUUAUGGCUGGACAAACUAUUUGUGGAAUAGCUCAAUCCGGUAUAUUGGGUAUACCAGCCCACUUAGCAGCAGUUUGGUUUGGAGUGAAUGAAGUCUCAACGGCUACUGCACUUGGUGUAUUUGGGAAUCAACUUGGUGUUGCAUUUGGUUUUCUAGUACCACCACUUAUAUUACCAUCGAUACCGUAUAGUUCAAAUGGAACUAAUCAAAUUGAUCCAACAACAAAUAUGAAUGAAUUAUUUAAUAAAAUGAAACAUUAUAUGAUGAUUAUGCUGUAUUUUAGUGCUGCUUUAAAUAUUCUUCCAUUUAUAUUUGUAUUGUUUGGUUUUCGUGCAAAACCUAAAACUGAACCAAGUUUAGCACAAUAUAAACGUAGUGGUUCAUCGGUUAUUCAUAAAUUACAUAUAAAUGAUCAAUUAUCCAUUGAUAAUAAACCUUCAAAUGGAAUUCAUUCAAUAGUCAAUAAUAAUAGUCUACACGAAAAGAAAAACAAUAUUGAUAAAGAAUUCUAUACAAAAUCAUUAGACGUUGAUCAACAAUAUCCAACGCUUAGCCCAAAUGAACAUUCAUUAUCAUCAACAAAACAGAAUACCCUAAAUAAGAAUGAUUCAAUAAUGAAUAAUUUUAUUAUAAAUAUUGAUGAUAAAAAUGAUAUCAGUAGUAUAGAUAAUUAUUCAUAUCAAUCAUUACAAAAUAAUCCUAGAAAUGAAACUAUUUCAAUGGCAUUAAAACGUUUAUUUAAAAAUACUCCAUUCAUUCUACUGUUUAUUAGUUAUGGUAUACUUACUGGUGUCUACUAUGCUGUUGGUACAUUAUUAAAUAGUAUUUUACUAGGAUAUUUCACAAAUUCUAAUCUAUCUGGUUGGGCUGGUUUCACAAUGAUUAUUGCCGGUAUAUUUGGAUCAGUAAUAACUGGUGUAAUUUUAGAUAAAACAAAAAAAUUUAAAUUAAUCACAUGCAUUAUAUAUAUACUUAGUUUAUUGUUUAUGGGAAUCUUUACUGGAAUAUUAUAUCUUCGUUCAAUGCCAAUAGUCUUUAUCAUUAUGUUCUGUUUAGGUUUCUUUAUGACCGGUUAUUUAAGUAUUGGUUUUGAAUUAGCCGCUGAAUUAACUUAUCCAGAAAGUGAAGGUUUAUCUUCUGGUCUGUUGAAUACAUCAGCACAGAUAUUUGGCCUUAUACUGAUUCAUGUUGCAACACCAUUGAGAACAAAUUAUGGAGUUUUGCCUGGAAAUUUAUUUCUUACAGGACUAACACUAAUUGGAACAAUUUUGACAGUAUUAAUUAAAGAGAAUCUUUAUCGUCAACAAGCACAUGAACGUGUAAGUUCAUUGAAUUAUGUUUUUUCUCUAUGUAAUUACUUAUUAUGAUUCGUUUAUUUUAUCAAUAUUCUUCAUGUCUAGUUUAAAUAUUACUGAUUAUUAAAAUAUACUUGAAUUCAUAAUUUGAUCUAAAUUAGACCAUCAUUAAAAACUUGAGAGUAUUGAACGGUCGUUUCGUCCUAGUAUGAUUAGUAGGUGUAGACUACCUGAUUGGGAUCCACAAGAUGACAGUAAUCGAUUAUUAGAUACCUUGAAUGACAUGGCUGAAAAUCGUUUGCAAUGGCGCAGGUGCAUCCACACUUUGUGUUCUCCCGAAUUCUAAUCUGUUGAAUUAUCCAUGUCGCUUUUUUAUCUCUUUUCAAAUUUAUUUCAAUGGAUUAUACUCCUUGAAUAAUAUCUUCAAACCAUAAUCUUUCCGAUCACUGCUUAUACUCUUACCACCUCUACCACUACGGAAUUUGAAUCGACAACUGCAUUUCUGUGCUAAUGUGGUGUGGCAACUCGAACUGAUGUACGUACGUACGAAGUUCUACGUUGUUACUGACUGACUGAUCUAGUAUGGAACUCUUCAAUAGUACGCAUCCACAAUCCUUGGGUUCGAAUUCCGUAAGCUAUGAUCUAACUUAGUUUGACUCAUGAAUUCAACUAUCAAAAUUACUACAAUCUACACAAAUCCCAUUCUGAUAAUAAAAUAUGCAUCUCAUUUAGGUUAGCAAUCAACAGUUAGAUAAUAAUUUCAAUAGUUGAGAUCAUGAGUCAAUUGAAGCUAGAACACCAUGGAAAACCUGGAAGCAUUGAACGGCCGUUUUGUCCUAUUAUGGGACUCCUCAGCAUUACGCAUCGACGAUCUCGCCUCGUGAGAUUUGAACCCAAGACUUAACAGUUUUACGCGCGAGCGCUUAAUUACUAAACCACUGAGCCAGCAUCCAACGGUGUUAAUAUCUAACUUCAACUAAUCCACGAAAUCGAGCGAUAAUGAUAAUCAUUCAGAAAUUUCAUUAGAACUCUUGCAGCUUGUGUUAGUUGUGGAGUAGAUGAUAUGUCCAUUUGUUAACAAACGGUGUCAAUGUACAGCUUAGCAGUCAUCUUUGUAUUUCUCAGUGGUUAUGAAGUAUGAUCGAUCAAAGUGGAAUAUAUAUGUAAGCGCCAAGUUCCUGAUCAUAGUUUUCUUCACGGUGGUACUUUGAUAUGGUGGAACAACCGGGUGAGUAUCAUGAAACCAUGGGAUAGUGAAUGCAUAUUGACUGAGAUGGUUGGGACACGUAUAACGUAUACCCAACCAAAACCUACUUCGGCGCUUUAUGUUAACUAGUGUAAAAGUACAAUGUGAGAAAAUUAGGAGCGGUUAAAUCAAGGAGUUGUAUCAAUACAUGAAGUUAUUAACUGUUGGUAGAUGUAGAUUAACUGGUUGGUGUUGGAGUGGUAACCAUAAUCCGUGGUCGGAGUAAUUGCGUAACAUGAUACAGAAUCAGUCUCCCCGUUACGAAUGAAUUCACUCUAUACAUAUCUUUCUCUAUAAAUUCAGUCCUGGUAUUCUGUCAUACAUACUAUUUUCAUUAUGUCUUCUUGAAUCCUAUUCUAAAUAUUUAAUCAUUCUCACUAUUAUUGUAACAUUUGUUUCUAUAAAUGCAAACCUUCACAGAAACAUUAUGUGAGAUAGUUAUACAAUAAACUUAUUGGCUGUUUCAUCAUAAUAAAAGGACUCUUAAACGAUAAGUAUAUUGAUGCAAUUCAGGCUUCAUUUGUUGGAUGCUAAGUUAGUAGUUUCGAAGGUUAAGGGAUGGAAGGAAUUCCCCGAGUGAUUAUCAUUUAAACAUUAAAACAUUCUUCACAAAACUUCAUUUAAUCUAUGAAUAUUCCUACUUGAUAAGGUUGACAGAUAAAUCGCCAAAAUGUAAAUAGAAAUCCUUUUCAUCUUGUUAUAUUCGUUAGUAUUUAAGCUGCGACUUUAAAAAAAAGAAUUACACAAGUUG